GGCUGUAAUCGGAUGUAGCCAGAUUAUUGUCCGUGAGGCUAAUUUAAGACGCAGAAGCAGAUAAACUAGGAUUAGAAUAGGCGUUUGUGUAAUUUUACUGUGCGUAUAACGUAACUGGAUGAAUAUUAUUUUAUUUAGAUGUUGUUAAGUUGAGCUGUUGUGCUUCUGUCGACCGUUAAAACCCCCAAAGUCGCGUCGCUUUACGCUGAAAUCCGCCGUUAGCUCCAUGCGUAGCCUCUAGCUUGACGGUCGGCGGACGCGCAUCAGCUGUACGGAGAGAAACACUGACCCAGUUUACUGCACCGGGACAGCACCGACGACGACACGGCUGAACACGGCGACGGACCCGCAGCGACGGUCUGACCAGCUCCCUGCCACCGUGAGUUCCCGGUCGCUUUUCAGAAUCCAAGCCGCCGCCGGAGGAUCCCGGUCGGCGGAUCGGAGGUGUCAGCAGCUGUUAGCCUCAGGGUGCUUUAACCGGAUUGUCCAGGUGGGAUACGUUAAGCCAGAAGAAGCGGUGCGUGGGUUCUGGUGUCAUCAGAGGAAGCUCCAUCAACCUGAGGAAACACUCAGAGAGGCUGGAUUCGUCUAAACACAUCAUUGUUCAGCUGGAGCCGCUGAGGAGGGUGUAAUAGCUGAGCUGUCAUCAGCCCAGGUGACCGAGGCCACCUGAGCGUCAGCAGCAGCCUUCGGACAUUCGCAGGAGAAAAAGUCCUCCCUGUGGCUUCAGCAACUUCAAGGAGGAGGAACAACGUGACUGGAUCGCUCACAUUUUCUGCUGUGGAUUUAUUUUUACCUGGAGCUUCCUUUUUUCUAUUUCCUACCUGGGCAAGAAAAACAAGCACAGCGGGAUAAAUGAGUGUUUGUGGAUUUAUCUGAGCUGCUGAUUACAGCAGGGGAGGCCGUGGGAGGUGAGCGAGCAGGAAUGAAGAGCCACGGAACAGCUCUUUCUGAAUCCAUCAGAUGAACGUUAACCCCGUCAUGUUGGUCCUGCUACGUUAAAUGAUGAACUUCCGUCUCUGCAGCGUGGCCUCGGAGCAGCUGAGCCGCUGAAGCUCCUGCAGCAGCAUCAUGUUGGAUCUGGUGUCGACCCGUCUUCACCUGCCGACCUAACUCCUCCUCUGCUCUUCCUGCUUUCUUCUUCCACCACCUGGCCGGGAGAAAGGUCCUUGGUCCUCGUGGAAAAUGUCCUAUGCACACCACAAGCUGCUAACCUGGAGCUUACCUCACCUCCUCCUCCUCCCGCUGACCUACCUCUGGCUCCUGGCUCCGCCCACAGGUGUGUCGGCGGAUCUGUGCCGGGUCACUGGUGGGGUUCUGGGGAUCCACUGGAGCAGCGUCAUCAGCCUGGGCUGGUACCCGCUGGCAGACGGGCGAGGCGGCGCCACCUGCUGGGAGUCGUGCUGCAUGGAGCCCAAAUGUAAUGCCGUGUGGAGCCUCGGGGGGCGCUGUGUUCUCCUCAGCUGCUCGCUAAGGAAGGGCUGCUCCAUCUCCUCUCUGCCCCAGCCCCACGAGGAGUCGCUGGGCCUCCUGCAGCUCCUCACCAAGGGUCCCGUCAGAGCGAGACGUAGGAAACCUCGUCAUGCAGCCCACAGUGGAACCCACAGAACAAACACUGGAACAGCUACCAGCACGGAAGCCUCCAGGCUGGAAACCUCUCACCCGACCCCGGCAGCGUCCCACCCCAUCACACUUCUCCAGACAUCCCAGAAUAACCACAGCCAGCCAGCCAAUGGGAGCUCAGACGUCGUUCCUGCUAACCAGCAGAACUCCACGGCCGACGACUCCUCUGAAGCUGCGUCUUCCAACAGCAGCGGCGGCGGCUCGACGGCGGCGGCUAACGCUGCGACCAUGGCUCCAACUCAGGCCGUGAAGGAGCUGGUGGUGUCGGCAGGCGUCAGCGUCGAGGUAACGCUGCCCAGAAACGAGGUCGAACUCAAUGCCUUUGUGGUCCCGCCACCUCCGUCAGGGACCAACUAUGCAUUCGACUGGCGUCUGAUAACUCAUCCCAAAGACUACAGCGGGGAGAUGGAGGGGAAGCACAGCAAGACGCUGAAGCUCAGCAAGCUGACGGUGGGUCUGUAUGAGUUCGAGGUGACGGUGGACGGGGAGGGAGCUCACGGAGAAGGUUACGUCAACGUCACCGUCAAACCAGAGCCGCGGGUAAACAAGCCUCCCGUUGCCGUGGUUUCCCCAAAGUUCCAGGAGAUCUCGUUACCGACGAGCUCGACGGUGAUCGAUGGCAGCCAGAGCACUGACGACGAUAAGGUGGUGUUGUGGCACUGGGAGGAGGUGAAAGGUCCUCUGAGGGAGGAGAAGGUCUCUGCUGACACCCAGGUCCUCACCCUGACCAGCCUGGUGCCAGGAAACUACACCUUUAAUCUGACGGUGACCGACUCAGACGGAGCCACUAACUGGACUCAGGCCACCCUCUCCGUCAACAAAGCCAAGGACUACCGGCCGGUAGCCAACGCCGGCCCCAACCAGGUCAUCCAGUUGCCUCGGAACCACAUCAGUCUCUACGGCAACCAGAGCACCGACGACCACGACUCGCUGUCCUAUGAGUGGUCACUGAGCCCGGAGAGCAAAGACAAAGUGGUGGAGAUGCAGGGUGUCCGGACGCCCAUCCUGCAGCUGUCGGCCAUGCAGGAGGGCGACUACACCUUCCAGCUGACGGUGACCGACUCGGCCGGACAGCAGGACACGGCUCAGGUCACCGUCAUCGUACAGCCAGAGAACAAUAAACCUCCAUCAGCGGACGCCGGACCAGAGAAGGAGCUGACGCUGCCCGUCGACAGAACCACGCUGGACGGCAGUAAGAGCAGCGACGAUCAGAAGAUAGCCACGUACCACUGGAAGAAGACCAGUGGUCCUGACGGUGUGAAGAUUGAAAACGCAGACAGCGCUGUUGCCACGUUGACGGGUCUGGAGGUCGGCACGUACGAAUUCACCCUGACGGUGACGGACGACAGGAAGCUGGAGGACAGCGACACGGUGACGGUCAUCGUCAAGGAAGAGGUGGACCAUCCUCCGGUGGCUCACGUCGUGUCGAGUCCGGCCAUCGUUCUUCCCGUCAGGACGGCCACCCUGGAUGGAUCCCACUCCACCGACGAUAAGGGUGGAGUCAGUUACCUGUGGACCAGAGAAGACAGCAGUCCUGCUGCUGGGGAUGUGCUGAACAACUCUGACCACCAGGCAGUGCUGUUUCUGGGAAACCUGGUGGAGGGAAAGUACAGCUUCAUCUUGACAGUAAUGGACAGUAAAGGACAAAGCAGCAGCGACAGAGGAACAGUGGAGGUCAAACCAGACCUGUGGGAACGUGACCUGGUGGAGCUGGUGCUGGAGGUGUCGGUGUCUCAGGUGUCCCACCGCCAGCGAGACAUGCUGUUGCGACAAGUGGGCGUCCUACUGGGCGUGCUCGACAGCGACAUCAUCGUACGAGAGAUCAGUGCUUUCAACGAGCACAGCACUCGUCUGAUCUUCCUGGUGUCGGGUGGUCAGGGGCGCCCUCCUCUGUCCGGUCGCAGCGUUGCACUCGGCCUCCGCAACAAACUACGCAAACAGAAGAACGACUUCCUGAUCUACAAGGCCCGACGAGUCGAUACUGUCAUCUGUCAGCUGAACUGUUCCGGUCACGGAGAAUGCGACUCAUUCACUCGACGCUGCGUAUGUCAUCCGUUCUGGAUGGAGAAUUUCAUCAGAGCUCAGCUGGGAGAUGCAGAGAGCAACUGUGAGUGGAGCGUUCUCUACGUCACUAUCGCCUCCUUUAUGAUUGUGGUUGCCGUGGCGACGCUGGUCUGGGGUACAGUGUGCUGCUGCAACAGGAGGAAGAGCAAAGUGAGGAGAAGCAAAAGCAGAUAUAAAAUCCUGGAGGACGAGCAGGACAGUCUGGAGCUACAACCACCCAGAGCUGGUGAGGACACACACAGCAACACAGCAACAACACAACAACUGCCCAGAGCUGGUGAGGACACACACAGCAACACAGCAACAACACAACAACUGCCCAGAGCUGCCCGUCUGAAGCCGGUUCCUGCUCCCACCUCCUCGGCCCUCAUGCACUCGGACUCAGACCUGGACAGCGAGGACGGGCAGGGCGGCGUUCCGUGGACGGAGCAGGAGCGAGGCCAGCUGCUGAGGCCCCAGAACGGGUCCCUGAGGAACGGCCAGGGUCCGGCCCGGCCCAAGAAACAGAGAGAGGAGCUGCUAUAGCAGGACAACCUCACCCCUCCAUCCCUGAAGACCUGAGCAGCAGGAGGGGGGAACGCCUGGACCAGACUUGCUGCAUCUGAGCCACCAGAACUCAGGCUUCAGACCAGAUCCCUGAAAUCCACCAGACCUGAGGAAUGUACUGCUGAACUUCAACACCAGCCUCUUGUAGACACGCAUGUUCACAGCAACACGCCACCAACCAAACACUGCCAUGUUCAACCACCGGUCAGAGGAGGACCUGGACCUCCUCCUGGACCUCUGAGCCGGCUGCAUGUUCCUACGUCGGCUCUAUGAGGACGUUUGUGGCUGCGGUGCCAAAACACAUUAGUUCAGAGCAGUUUGUGUGUUUUAUGUGAUAUUAACCCACAGAGACAUUUAGAAGACACCUGGAGGAGGAAGAUGGAGCUCCUCGUCCUCAUCCUCGUCCUGAUGCUUGAAGCUCCACCACCACGGACUUCCUGUGACUAGAUGAUGAUCAGACGUCCUCCAUGCACUUUGAUUUAACUCAUCUCAUGUCUGAAGAGGAGUCGGUCUGCGAUGGUUGAAGUUGAAGGUUGAGCCAUAAAAACGGGACUUUGCUGCAUCCAGAGUUUAUUUUCUGGGGGAAACGUCCAGAAGCACCUUUUACUGGUUUUAGUGAAUCCUGGACCUUUAAUCUGAACUCUUUUAAUUCUCUGUUCAGUUGUUUCGUCUCUAAAUUCUCUGUUUGUUGAAGGAUGGGUUCACAGUUUUAUUUCCAGGGACUAAACCAACAGUUUAGCAGCUUUUCUUCUUCUGCUCAUAGCGGCUGAUAAACCUCUGAACAGAUUUAGUCUCAGUUUAACUCACUGGGGUUCGUUUUUAAUCUAAAGUCCUGCAGCUCUACAGAAACAGAAUGAAGAAGGAGAGAGAAUCAGAGACGUCUUCUGUCAGUAGGACUCAUAAUGACAGAAAUAGGAAAAAAUGCACAUUUAUUUGGUUAUUUAUUGUAAUUUACUAAAUAACCUGAAAUCCCAAAUGUCCAAAUUUGCUCAAAAUUUGUCCAGAAUGACUCAGAAUUUUUCAUAAAUGAUGAAAGGUGUCCAAAGUGACUAAAAAUGUUCACAAAGGUCUUACAGUAUGUCCAAGAUGACCUGAAACUGGAUGGAAAUCUGUCCAAAAUGACAAAAAAAAUAUUGAUUUGAAGACAUGAAACUCAGAGAGACUUGAAACCGGACGGAAAUCUAUCAGAAAUUUGUCCGAAAUAACUCAAAAAGUUCACAAAAUGACUUAAAUCUGUCCAAAACAUGUCAAAAAUGCCUUGAAAUCUGUUCAAAAUGACUAAAAAUGUGUCCUAAAUGACUAAAAAUCACUGAUUUGAAGACAUGACAUGUAAAAUGACUCUUUGAUAACUGUCACAGUUGAACUCAGUGGGGUUCAUUUAAAGUCCUGCAGCUCUGAGGAACCAGAACAUCAUGAAGAAGAAGACAGAAUCAGAGACGUGUGGAAAGACACACAUUAGAAAAAUAAAUCAGAUCAGAAAAUCCAGCCUUCUUCCACGUGUCCUCAGACGUUAGAAGACUGAACUCCACAUAUUCCAGAUGUUUAACUACAGUUUCUGCUUGUUUGAACACGUCCUGCAGUUCAGUCCAGAACUCUGAUUUCUUGUUGUCUGACUUCAGAUCCCAGCUGAGUCCCUGAAGGCUUCACGGUUACAGCAAGGAGGGCAGAAUUUUUACUUUUUUACAGAAUCAGGUUUGAAUAAACGGUUUAUUUUUGGUGAAUAUUUAAAUGAAACAUAAACUGUAGCGAUUUAAAUUCCAGACUGAGAUUUAGUUCAUGUUGAGGAACUGCAGAUCACAGGAAUCUGAAAAUCAGGUGAUUCUUCCUCACAGUUUGGUUUUUAUAAUCCAGUUUCAAACCUGCCGGCGGGUUUUAGAGUUCAGAGGUUUGGAGGUCAGAAAAAAAACCAAAACACUGGAUGUCCUCCAGAGUUUCCUCUCUGAGAAGACUAAAGAAUGGGAUAGAAACAGGAUGUUGGCGUUAGCGUGACGACACCACUGGACUCCGCACCACCAGCUGCUCUGCUACAUGUGCUGCAGACUGAUGGAGGCGGAGCUUCUUCUGCAUCACUUUCCAGCAGAUUCAGAAACUGAUGCAUAAAUGUGUGAAAUGCUACUCAGAUGAUCAGAACUGGAAGGAGAUGUUUUAAUAUAUUUGAUUUUGUUCCCGUCGUUUACUUGAAGCUUUCAGUAGAAAAACAGUGAAUCCAUCCUUUAGACGGUAAAACUGACACCAGUAGGAAGAAAUCUGUGGAACCAGAGUAAAAUCUGUAAUAAUAAACCCAAUAGUUGUCUAAGAUUAAUCAUAAUCCGUCAAAACUACUCAAAAAUUGUCCAAAAUGAACCAGAAUUCAUCAAAAUAACUCAAUAAUUGUCCAAAUUUGAGCAUAAUUUGUCAAAAUUACUUAAUUGUCCAAAAUUACCCAAUAAUUUCCCCAAAUGAACCAUAAUUUGUAGAAAUUGCUCAAUAAUUGCCCAAAAUAAACCAUAAUUUAUCAAAAUUACUCAAUAAUUGUCUAAAAUGAACCAUAAUUUUCCAAAACUGAAUCAAAUUAAUUUCUUUUUGACUGAAUAAAAUGUGAUUUUUGUGUUUUCUUUCACAGCGAUCAUUUUAAAGAUUCCACAGAUUCCCUCUGAUGGUUCCAGUUUAGAAUCGGAGCUUCACUAAAAUCUUUCUGGACUUUCUCUGCGUUUGGAGUCCAGACGUUUGUUUGAGAGCCGGAGGUUCAUCUGAGGUUCAUCUUUCUUUCACUGCAUGCAGAAUGUGAAUCCACCUUUCUGAGCCACUUUUUCUCCGUUGCUAACGAUCUGUUCCUUCUUUAAACGUGUUGCUGAUUAUUUGCUGUCCUCUGAAGCGCCACCUAGUGCCACCUCUUAGAAUCUAUCUUCUGAUUGUUUCUGCUCGUUUAGCGACGCUAUUCCAGCUUUUCUUCUUCCGUUUGCACCAUCCUGGAUCUCUGGAAGUGGCUUGACCUCGACUCGAUGAGUCCACUGUGAGGGAGGAUGGAGAACGUGUGAACGAAGGGGUUUCAUUGGGUAUUUUGUGUUCUUUUUCUUGUUUUAAAUAAAGUUUUAGUGAAGGGUCUCCCCUUCCUUUCUUUCUGUGACCUGAUGCAACUGGAUCAUCUGUAAAUUCAAAUAAAAUGUUUUGGUUUGUUCA